CGGCGAGUGCGCGGCUCUGAUUGGCUGAUCCGGCCAUGGCCACGCCCCCCUCGCCCCAGUCCCGGAAGUGAAGAUGGCGGCGAUGGCGGCGGCGGCGGAGGCGGCGGAUGAAGCAGAGCGGGCACGAGGCCGCCGAGCUGCCCUGUCCUUCGCCACCAUUGCUGUGGUGCUGGGGCUGCCGCUGUGGUGGAGGACAACCGAGACCUACCGCGCUGCGCUGCCUUACGCUGACAUCAACGAGCUGGGCCGGCUGCCGUUCCAGCUGGCUGUCCCUGUCACCGUUAUCUUCACGCCGGGAUCGGUGCCUAAGGACCUGCCGAAGCCACUGCCGUUCAGGGAUGUGCAGGAGAUGGAGAUUCCUAUCAACUUGAGAACCAGCAUCACGUCCCGCUACGAGAUGUUCUAUCGCAGCACCACAGCUCGGGAGGAGGCAGUUCUGGCUGCGGCUACUGCACGAGAGGCUGAUGCUGCUCUGCAUCCACUGCAGGACACCUCGCUGGGCUCUCUAGCAGUGUAUGUGGUCCCUGAAGCCUCCUCUCUCCUCCCUCAGGGCAUCAGCGUCUAUGUGGGGAAGCACCGCAGCGCCCUGGUAAGGGCUGGGGGGAGCCUGGCCGCCCUCCGCACCCGCCUCUGGCAGCUCACACAGGUGAUGUCCUUCACGACCAGCUCCAUCACCACUGCCUUCUCGGACCAUGUGCCUGACGGCCAGCUUGGCCCUGGUGCCGGGCGGCACUUGAAAUCCAGCCUGGGGUACGAGAUCACCUUCAGCCUGCUGAACCCCGACCCCAAGUCUCACACCGUGGAGUGGGACAUUGAGGAUGCCGUGAACCGCUAUGUGCAGCCUGUCCUGGACAAACUGAGCUUGGUGGCCAACUUCUCCGUUGACUCGCAGAUCCUAUACUACGCCGUCCUUGGAGUGACGCCGCGCUUUGACAAGGAGUCCUCCAGCUUCCUGCUGAGCGCCCACAGCCUCCCGCACGUCAUCAACCCUGUGGAGGCCAGGCUGGGCUCCAGUGCUGCCUCGCUCUACCCUGUGCUGAACUUCCUGCUGUACGUGCCAGAGCAUUCCCACUCUCCUCUCUACAUCCAGGACAAGGAUGGAGCCCCAGUGAGCACCAACGCCUUCCACAGCCCCCGCUGGGGUGGCAUCAUGAUUUACAACGUUGAAGCCCCUGCUUCCCCCCAUACCUCCUUCCCACUGCACAUCAACGUGGACAUGGUGCGAGUGAUGGAGGUUUUCCUGGGCCAGCUCCGGUUACUGUUUGGGUUGUCUCGGGAGGAGCUGCCCCCUGAGUUCCUGCUGGAGAGCCCAGGGAACGAAGGACUGGCUGACUGGGAGCUGGACCGCCUGCUCUGGGCCCACACUGUGGAGAACCUCGCCACUGUGUCCACCACCUUGACCUCGCUGGCCCAGCUGCUGGAUAAGAUCGGGAACAUUGUCAUCAAAGAUGAUGUUGCCUCUGAGGUCUAUCGAGCAGUGGCCGCAGCCCAGAGCGCCAUGGCUGAGCUGGCCACAGGCCACCUGCACUCAGCUUUUGAGGCCAGCAAGGAGGCAGUCACUUCCUCGGAGCGGGCCUUCUUUGACCCAUCUCUCCUCCAUCUCCUCUACUUUCCUGAUGACCAGAAAUUUGCCAUCUACAUCCCUCUCUUCCUGCCCAUGGCUGUUCCCAUUCUCCUCUCCUUGGCCAAGAUCGCCCGGGAGGCCAGGCAGCGGAAGAAGGAGCCCACCAAGAUGGACUGAACCUGUUGUCGUGGUGCCCUGCCUUAGGGCUAGGGUUGUCCUACCUCCUGGAGUGCAUUGUCGUGGACCUGUGGCCCAAGAAGGUGCCCCAGAAUGGUAUUGGAGCCAGGCCCAGCAGCUCAGCUCAGCCAAGGUGCCGAGUGGGAAGAGCAGCUGCUUUGAGGGAUGGCAGAUGCUCUCAGUCUGGGUGCUGAGCCCUCCACCCAGCGAUGCUGAGGUCUGAGAGGAGGGAGGGUGCUCCUUAGGUGCCCCCCGGGCGCUGCACUGUAUUCAGAUCAAGCUGCUGUGUAAAUAAAGAACAACCCCGGCUG